AUGGCGAAUGAAGUAACACCGUCAAACCUCCUAAAGGCGAUGGCGCGACCAGCUUCAACGACUGUGAGUACUUUCGUCGCGGCGCAAACACUUGCAAUCGAUGAAACGAAAGACAUCGGAGAUUUUGUGAGCACAGAAGAUGAAGAACUCGAGAUCGAAGUGACUGCUGAGCCUUGGGGAAAGUAUGAUCCCACGGAAUUGCGAGAAGUUUUCUAUCCUAUUCACCUUGGAGAGAUUCUCAAUGAAAGAGAUCUGAGCACAAACUCGGUGCUGUUUUGUCCGCUGGCGACUCGGUGGACAUCGAGCUACGCAUACAGAAUGAAAUCGUUCGCAGCGUGCAGGAUAGUGUCAACAUUCGCUAUCAGUACUCGCAUGUCAGCUGCGAAGCAAUUGCUAAAGGCGUUGGAAGCCCCUCGCAACGCUGGGAUUAUGCACCGCGAGUUGGUACGGGCCAUCGAGGUCCCUGCAAACUUACGCACAGAAGAUUUUUAUCUUGGUGACUUCGGUCUGGUCAUGAAAGUCGGCGACUCCGUGGCUCAACCCGGCUAUCCACCUUUGGAAUUUUGCUCCCCGGAGCGUCUUCAUGGGAAAGACCCAAGCUUUGCUUGCGACAUGUGGAGCUACAUGAUCAUUUCGUUCAUUUACCAGGGGCAUCCACCGUUCCAUGACCCUCGCAUCAGAGUUCGCACGUCUUUCAACCCGAUGCCGAUCCGGCUGAACGAGAACUUGUGCUCUCCGUUAUGCAAGAAGGUAUUUAUAUACUCACCCGAGGAGCGUCUGACUGCAACAUAA